UGUCUGAAACUAAACUCUUACCUGGCCGAGCCCGAGACUGCACAGAUGCAGACAUUUCUUCAAGACUACCUCCAGAACCGAACAGGUUGGAUAGGAGCUAACAACAUGAAUACAAAAAGUCUGUUCCGAUGGGCGGUCAGUAACAGGACCAUGUACACUGGUUUCACAUUUCUGAAUGACAACACUGGCUCAAGCAACUACGUCUUGUGGAGAUACACCACAGGUGCAGGGGUCGUGUGGGAGGCCAGGACUGGUCAAGAGCUCAACGGAUUUGUCUGUCAGACAGCCCCAUCUGCUUUAAAUUCUCGUUUCUACGUGGCGGUCAUGCCCCAACUGUACAAUGGGAGUUCACUGCAAGGACAGCUUCAAGUGACCUCCAGCAACCCUGACGUCAUGUAUAUCAGGUUCAAGGUUAGCUACAACAAGAGCUCCCAGAAUACAACAAUAUUACCUCUGGCGCCAAGGACAGCUGUCAACUUUUUAGUAGAUGAAAACGUGUUUCUGACAACGCCAGGUAAGAAUGACUUAUUUCCUGUCACAUGGUCCCAGCCCCGGUGA